AUGAGAAAAAUAAAUAUUUUAUCAAGAGGACUCUUAUUUGCAUGACUCUCAUGGAUGGAGGCAUAUAAAUAAGAAGGAGAAGGAGACACAGCGGCAUCCCUUCACCUUGACCUUUCAUUUGUGCCUGAUCUAGAAUCAGAAUGAAGACACUUAUUCUGUUUGUGGCACUUGUGGACCUUCUAACAGCCUCAGCCUCAGAGAGCAACGCUAUACAGCUGAUAAACAAGGGAAAUGAGGGAGGAACUGUCUACCAGACAGUGAACAUCUACAAUAAUGCCAACAUUGCUGCCUUUAACACUUACUUCGGAACACACUCCGCCAAUGCAUUGGUUGACUACAAUGCUGGGCUGCUUGUUUACCAGUUGCCUUACAAAAGGAUCUGCAUUGUGUCCCGGAUGAAUCGAGAUACUUUUCCAAGCAUAUCACAGCUUGAUAACUACGUCCAUGAGAAGAAUCCAUCACUGCAUUCCCUCCAUAGAAACUAUGGUAUCUCUCGCAAGGUAGUGAAAAAUCUGUAUCAGCUUGGAAGACCCAUCCAAGCGAUGUGUGGAGGCUUCCUCACCUACUGGGCCACUGAAUUCCAAACACCAGAUCCAUUGGUCGGAGGCAAAGCCUGUGCAGGGUUGAACCUUCUUAUCCUGGAUGUGAGCUUAUGCGGAGGCAUUUCUCUCUUCUAACCAGGAAUGGACAUCGGCCUCCCAGCUUAUUUGGCACCGUCUAUUGCAAACCUUCGCAUCUUGUGACCCACUAAAACAAAUGCAGCCUUCUAGCCAUGUUUUGUGGCCUGACAGGUAGUUAACAACCUCCAUUUGUGCCUUCUGAAGCAGACAGCAAAAAAGAUGCAGUUUAUCAAACUCCCAGUGAGCUGCCAUGACAGUCAUGUAGACUACAUUUGGAUUGAUGGGUCACAAGCUGUGCAGGUCUAACCUAACCCAAUGAUAUCUUUCUAAACUCACUAAAGGAUGAGUGCCAAUAGAAGCAGUAAUAAAUUAAGGCUGGAGUCUAUGGAAAAAUGUACACAAGAUUAGGCUAUCAGUGAGCUGUCGCAUAUGUCUAGCUACUUAACAAAAAAUCAGUACUGACCAUACCAAUCCCUGCCUCAGCAAAUAUCAGUUUUUGAGCAUGGUGCCAACACAGGGUAGAGUUUGGGGAAAAUGUGAUAUCACUUCUGAGCAAUAUUCUAGGGUGCCUUCCCUGGCCUUUGCAAUCUUUAACACAGAGACUAGGAGAAAAUCCUAGAGCGUGAGUAUGUGGAGGUCAUUUGUUCUUCUUUGUAUUUAGCUUUCUCUUGGUGGGAAGCUACUUAGUCUCAGAACAAUAUCAGAAAUGAAUUAGUUCUUGGAGUUCAGUCAGUCUGUGCCUUUUAUUAGCAUAAAACAACAACAUAAUGUAAAAUGAACCAUGAAUGAAUAAUGUAAAUGAAAGAAUAAUGCAAUGAAUGAAUGGAUAAUGUAAAAUUAAUGAAUAAUGUAAAAUGAAAGUAGGAACCAACAAGUAAAGUAUGAACCAACAAGUAUGAACCAGUCAAGUAAAACAGUAACUAUCAUUUUAAAAUGAUAGCCAAAAAGGAAGCAACUGUACAAGUAAUGUCAAAAGAAUGAUCCUGUAAAAGAGAACAUAUGUAGAACUCUGUAUUUUCUUUGACAGUAAUAAAGGGUGAAUUAAGCAUGAUCAUACAUCAGCAUUUAAACCACAUUCAAGAAGAAUAUGGGACAGGGAAUCAAGAGAACCACAAUGAUAAUGCCUUUGAUGUUUUGGAAUUUUUUGGUAUUUACCUGAUGUCAUAGCUGAAGGAAUAGAUCAGGCCAGCAUAAAGGCCCGAUGCUGUUCAACAGAUAGAGUAGAAACAAGAUAUUUGGCUGGAACUCCAUGCUUGGGGGAAAUUCCCAAGGCUCGGGGUAAAAAGGCUGCGAUCUUGGCUGAAUAAAAGAAAUGUCUCUCAUCUCUCAGUCUAUAGCUAAUUUGAGUCAAAAUAAACUUUUAAUUAUUAUUUGGUAAGUUCUUGGAGCUAUGUCAGGUGAGUUAUGUCAGAUGUUUUGUCAAACGUUAUGUCAGAUGUCAAUCAGAAAAUAGUGGCAUAAGUGAAUUAGGUAAUGGAAUGAUGGCAAUUAUUAUAACCUUUUAGUUGACGUGCAGGGUGGUAUUUUCAAGAUAUUUAGUUGACGUGCAGGGUGGUAUUUUCAAGAUAUUUAGUUGACGUGCAGGGUGGUAUUUUCAAGAUAUUUAGCUGACGUGCAGGGUGGUAUUGUAAGGUCUCAACCCUUGAAUCAAUAAGCGAACUGUGGAUUGAAUCGAUAAACAAACUGUGGAUUGAAUUGACAAAUGAACUAUGGAUUGAAUCAAUAAACGAACUCUGGCAAA